AGUAGUAUCGUUCGACAUUGCCCCUAAACCAGAAAGCGCCUCUGAGGACAGUCGCAUAGAAUACAUCCAGGGAGACAUCUCAGAUGUGGCCGUGGUAAAGCGCGCAUUCGCCGGAGUGGACUGUGUAUGGCACAUCGCCGCAAUCGUCGGCCCUUUCCAUCCGCUUGAACUGUACCGUAAAGUUAACUAUGUAGGGACACUCAAUGUCAUCGAGGCCUGCAAGCAACUGAAGGUGUGCGCAUACAUACUUGUACAGUUUAGUUGCAGGUGCACGUAUAGUUUCAGAGCUAAGUAG